AUGCGUGCCUCAAUCAUCAUCUCAAGCAUCUUCGCCGCUUCAACGCUGGCCGCCCCUCUUGCAACUUCCGCAGCAAAGCGAGACGUCAGCCUUGAUGUCACCACCGGAGUCAAUGUUGAAGGCCUCGACCUGGACCUAGACGACAUCACCGACGUCGUCCCUGCUCUCCCCGCCAUCCCAGCCCUGCCAACCAUCGACCUUGGUAAGCGCCAACUCGGGCUCGAUCUCGGCUCUGUCCUCAACCCUGUGACCGAUCUAGUCGGCGACCUGCUCUCCACUGUGACCGGCCUCCUCCCCACAUUGACCUCCGAAGUCAGCUCCGUGGAAGCCCUCGUCAAUGGUCUUGUUGCCGGCACCGUCACAGACGUCGAAAGCACCCUAACAACCAUCACCUCGACCCUGAACGACAUCCUCACGCAGCUCGGUGGACUCGACCUCGGCGACCUUGCCAGUCUCACCAAGCGCCAGACCGUCGACGUCGACGCGAACGUCUCGGUCGAUGCAGAUCUCAGCUCGCUCGUCGGCACCGUCACCGGUCUGCUCGACACCGUCACCGGCCUCACCGACACUGUCGAUGUCUCUUCCGUCGUCGACCUCGUUCAGACUGUCCUCAACACCCUCACGAGCUUGACCUCCGUGUUGGGCUUGAAGAAACACUAG